CGGAGAAUAAAACAUGAGGAACAAGGAGGGAUGAUUGAAAAAAACAAGGAGAGUGAAGAACUGAGUGAAGUUGAAGAGAAAAAUAAUGUCAAAACUGGAGAAAAACCCUUGAGUUGCUCUCAAACCAAACAGAAAGAUUUUAAGAAAAGAAGAGCCAAUAAAUCUUUCACCUGCACACAGUGUGGAAAGAGUUUCUCAUUCAAACAGCAUCUUGUGCUUCACAUGAGAGUUCACACUGGAGAGAAACUGUACACUUGUGAUCAGAGCGGGAAGAGUUUCACACGAUCAUCAAGCCUUAAGGAUCACAUGAACUUUCACCCUGGAAAGAAACCAUACAAGUGUUCACACUGUGACAAGAGAUUCAGUCAGUCAGGACACCUUAAAAGACAUGAGAGGAUCCACACUGGAGAGAAACCGCACAAGUGUGAUCAGUGCGGGAAGAGUUUCGUUAUAAAAGGACAACUUACAGAGCAUAUGAGAGUUCAUACUGGAGAGAAACCGUUCACUUGUGAUCAAUGUGGAAAAAGUUUCUCACGAUCAUCAAGCCUUAAGAUACACAUGAAGAUCCAUACUAGAGAGAAACUGUACACAUGUGAUCAAUGCGGGAAAAUGUUUUUGAGAGCUUCAGACCUGAAGCAGCACAUGAAUGUUCAUACAAAGGAGAAGACACAUUCAUGUAAUUUGUGUGGAAAGAGUUUUUCAUUUCAACAAAGUUUGAAAGAACAUCAGAAAAUACAUACUGGUGUGAGAGAGUACAUGUGCUUUGAGUGUGAAAAGACUUUUACUACAGCGAACUGUUUAAAACUGCACGAGAAGAUUCACUCUGGAGAGAAACCUUAUAAGUGUUCACACUGUGACAAGAGAUUCAAUCAUGCAUCAAAUCUGAAAAGACAUGAGAGGAUCCACACUGGAGAGAAACCGUAUCACUGCACUGCAUGUGGGAAGUGUUUCAAUCAAUCAUCUUCUCUACUCAGUCAUACAAAAAACAUUCACAAACCAGCAGAUUCAACUGUGAGAUUCAGAUCAACUCAAAGAUGGAGUUCCUCCCCAAAGAACAAUGUCACAAAGUUGUAUUCUUGUGUAUAAUUUAGCUUUCUUAUCAAUAAAUAAAUACACACACACACACACACACAC